ACCGACGUCUUCAUCGCCAUGGAGCUGAUGGGCACCUGCGCCGAGAAGCUCAAGAAACGCAUCCAAGGUCCCAUCCCCGAGCGCAUCCUGGGGAAGAUGACGGUGGCGAUCGUGAAGGCCCUCUUCUACCUGAAGGAGAAGCACGGGGUGAUCCACCGCGACGUCAAACCCUCCAACAUCUUGUUGGACGAACGGGGUCAGGUCAAACUCUGCGACUUCGGCAUCAGCGGCCGCCUCGUCGACUCCAAGGCCAAGACCCGCAGCGCCGGGUGGGCCGCCCACACGGGGCCCGAGCGCAUCGACCCCCCCGACCCCACCAAGCCCGACUACGACAUCCGCGCCGACGUCUGGAGCCUCGGCAUCUCCCUGGUGGAGCUGGCCACGGGGCAGUUCCCCUACCAGAACUGCAAGACGGAUUUCGAGGUGCUGACGAAGGUGCUGCAGGAGGAUCCCCCGCUGCUGCCCCCCGCCAUGGGCUUCUCCGGGGACUUCCAGGCCUUCGUCAGGGACUGCCUCACCAAGGACCACAGGAAGAGACCAAAGUACAACAAGUUACUGGGCCCCUAG